ACAUUAUGUUGGUGGCGACAUCUUCCACUCGCUAUUGGACAAGUGCGUCAUCAUCUACCUCGAUGAUAUUUUGGUGUACAACAAAGACUCAGGAGCAGCAUUUGAAUGACCUGGAAGCAUUAUUUACCCUCCACGAUCAACACCAACUCAUCACCAAGGGCUCUAAGUGUGAAUUUUUAAAAGAGGAGCUUGAGUUCCUUGGGCAAGUUAUUUCCACCGAAGGCGUUAAGAUUUACCCGAAGAAAAUCGACACUAUUCGCAACUGGGAGCUGCCUACUAACGUCAAGGAGUUGCAGAUUUUUAUGGGGUUCGUCAACUAUGUGCGCCAUUUUAUGCCCAAAAUGGUAGAGUCAACUGCCCCACUAACCGACCUGCUGCAGAAGGCAGUUUUUUAUGAGUGGGGGGAGAGGCAGCAAGCUGUGUUUGACCAACUGAAGACUUUCCUCAUAACACCACCCGUUCUUCGUAUCGCCAACUCUGAACGCCCGUACGAACUGGUUACGGACACUAGCGAUAUCGCCGUUGGUGCGAAAGUGUUACAGGACUCUGGCAAAGGACUUCAGCCAAUCGCCCACGACUUGCAAAAACUCCAAGGUGAUGAAUGGAAUUUUCCUAUUCACGACAAGGAGAUGCUCACGAGCAUCAAUGCCUUCAAGACCUGGCGCUGCCACAGAAAAUCGCGAAGGAUUUGAGCGUAUGCAAUAGAAUUGUGUAUGAUUC